AUGACAAGUCAUAUUAAAGUUGAUGGUCUGGCAUUCCAAGUGCACUCUUCAGUUAAGUCUCGCGUAAAUGGCUCUUCUCUUUGUCGUGCUGCUGCGGCUCCUACCCCUUUGGUGAUAUCAAUGGACCAAGGCCUCAGCUUCUUGUCCUAUUCCCUAGGCAUGGGCUGUCAAUGCGUUGCGUUCACAUGUGAUGCUAGAUAUUUAAUAGGUCCAUGUGUGGAGUGGUGGCUGUCCUCAUUAAGAAGGAUUGCAUAUGAUGUUGCGAGUAGAUUACUUCGUUUGGAUGCUCAUUCUGUUAUUGAAGAGGGGAAGCAAGGAAGUGUUCCUGAAAGUAUUCUGCAGUUUCCAGUUGGAGCUGACUUUUUUGUGUCAGCAACUUACUUUGGGAAGCAAAGAAGUGUUCCUGAAAGUAUUCUGCGGUUUCCAGUUGGAGCUGACUUUUUUGUGUCAGCAACUUACUUUGUUUGGAUGUCACCGGACAAGCUGGUCAAGCAUUCUCCAAUUAAUGCUGUUACUGAGAUGGGUCAAUUUAGGAAAACAGAAGAAGAAACUGACCCCUACAGAAUUCCAACCAAACAAAACAUGCGAAUGGCAUUGUUUUGGCUUAUACAAGGUUGUCAACCUGGAGACUCCUUGUUAUUUCACUAUUCUGGUCAUGGUUCAAGGCAAAGAAACUUCAACGGUGAUGAAGUUGAUGGAUAUGAUGAAACUUUAUGCCCCCUGGACUUCGAAACACAGGGUAUGAUUGUUGAUGACGAAAUCAAUGAAACAAUUGUGAGACCUCUUCCUUAUGGGGUUAAGCUUCAUGCAAUAAUAGAUGCUUGCCAUAGUGGCACUGUUCUAGAUUUACCAUUCCUCUGCCGAAUGAACAGGAGUGGCCAGUAUAUAUGGGAGGAUCAUCGGCCUCGAUCAGGUGUAUUGAAAAGUUCGAAUGGUGGUGAAGUCAUUUGCUUCAGUGGGUGUGAUGAUAAUCAAACCUCUGCUGAUACCUCUGCUCUAUCAAAAAUCACUUCGACAGGUGCCAUGACAUUCUGUUUCAUUCAAGCUAUUGAGCGUGGACAUGGGACUACAUAUGGAAGCAUGCUGACUGCUAUGCGUUCUGCCAUCCGAGGGGCGGGAAAUGACCAGGGAGGUGGUGGUGGUGGUGGUGCAAUGACGUCUCUCCUCACCAUGCUUCUGACAGGAGGUAGUCUCAGUGGUGGGUUUACACAGGAGCCACAAUUGACUUCUUGCGAGCCGUUCGAUGUGUAUAUGAAGCCAUUUUCCUUAUGAUAUAUGUUUUCAAUGUUGCUUUUUGGAAUUAUUUAUAAUCAGAUUCUUACCUUAAAUGGUUGUUCAUGUACAGAUCCUUAUACACUAUUGGAUUUAAUGAUCA